AUGCUGGCUGUGCGACGAGGCGACGCAUUAUCACUAGUGGCUGCCAACACCUACGAAAUGGGUCAUGAGUUUAACUUCGCAGCCGCCAAAAUAGCCUGGGCUUCGGAUGAGAACUCAGUCAAUGGGCUUAUCGAUCUGGUGCCGGCGUACACAGCCCUGCAAAGCCACAUCCAAUCUUGCGCUGUCGCUCGACAAUUGACCUACAUGCCUUAUAAAUGUCGCUUCUUCUGUUGCUGCUACUAUCUCUGCGACGAACUCCUGAACGAGUUCGAAAGUUCAGGAAAAGAAGCAAAAUGUGCCGGUGCUAGGCCCCCCUUCUUCACUUGUACGUACACCUGGAACUCGAAAUUUCGCCUUCAUUCGUGGACCAGUUGCAUUCAAAGUUGUGCUUCUGCUUCAAAGGUUUUCGAGCGCAGUGAUUUAUUUUGAGAAAUAGGAAUAGCUUUGAGGGAACUUAUUCUAGAGGACUUAUCGUUCUCGAUUCCAUCAGAUAUAGUAGUAUAUCCCAUCGCGUUUUCGUCAAAGAUACCACUAAAUAGAAACUUGCACAACCACUCAUGCAAAAUUUCAACCAAUCAGGAACGUCGGACCUUCCCACUCAUUGAUUUGCGUAGAAGCAGAAUAUUAAGUCGCGAGAGAGUUUGGAAGGAAGGGCGAUGAGAAGUUUGCGUCAUUUUUCGCAACUUUAUUUCCAUACUUUUCCCCGGCCAACUACUCACCUUGUCUAUCGGCUGAUGGCGGGAUUCCCUGACGCGUCUGCCUGGCAUUACGAUUUUUUUUCUGCCAAUCGCCCUCGUAGCCGUCGUGAAUCCGGCCUGACAAAUAAACGCUGGAUCCUUUGCGCAUGCUAUGCAAAGCGGGGCAAAGCACAGAAUGGAGUCAUGACUCGUUAUUUCGGCAAGGCCCUCUAUCAUCGCAGCAGGGGCAUUAAAUAAACUAUCAGGCGCGUCACCCACUGGUGUAUUACGAUUGUGCUGCACAACAUAUUGGAUGAUCGGGCUGACAAAGGCAGCGUAAGAUGAGGCUUGGCAUGCCAGUCGUUUGCAGUAAUUUAUGAUGCGGCUAACAAACAGCCGGCUUAACCGAUCGCAUGAUUGUAUCGAAGGGAGUGAUAGCUCAUCACAAGUCGGGGGAAACCCUGUGGGAUCUUAACAGGGUCAGUGUGUGAGUCUACGUGGGAGAGUUGUUGAGUCCCUAACGGGGUCAGCAGUAGCUCGAGUGUGGGAGAGCUAGGGGGAGGAAAAGGAGGGAGAGCCAUGAAUAGACAUCCUAAUCGAUAGAUGCGCUCGUCGACUGGAGAGGGCUGUCUCCUGACAUAAUCACCUCAAAACCCGCAUGAGGUGCCUCCACCCGUUGGCGGUCGGCUGUCCUCUUCGUGGUAAGAGCUGAAAACUUCCCCCUUAGCGCUUCAAAACCCCCAGGAAAGAUCAGUCUUACUUGCUAGGAACUAUUCACUUUAAGGCAAUCUUUCUCGGAAAGUAUGGACCAUCGCCAGGAUCCUUUCCGAUUCUCGACAGGUGCACACAGUUAGCCCUUUAAAGAACGGUCGUUAAGCUGAGCCACACAGGUUUGUCGCAAAAUAGUAUGGUCGACAAGACAAGGAUUCCCAAUCAUAAGUCAGGGAAGACGGAAAGAGUUGGACAACCUUUACUGUUUUGGAAGUGCGUACACAAAGGCUCUGCUGGCAGUCGCCGAGAGCGGGCUCUCCAGGAAAGUCCCUUCUGUGUCCGCCGUUGAGGGGCUUAGACCCAGCGUAUGUGUGUGCCUUUCGUUGUGUCAGUGUUCGCCAGCCAAUCAGAGGAGGGACAGCGUCAAUUGGCCUGGAGCACUCGCGAGGCUAGUGACAAGCCUCGCGCGUCCCAGCAGCGUAUCGACAAGGAGUGUGAGGCGGACAGGAAGGCAGCGUGA